AUGCCGCCAAUAUGUGUGGCGCAAAGUAGGACCGAAAACGGCAUCGUCUCUACCUCCCUUUACCCCAAGGACGUCGCCUGCGUGCCAAGUCACGACUUCCAUCUCGCCCUUCGUGAUACCUUCGUCAUUCAUCUCUACGAUUAUCGUGUUUGCUGCCUCGAGUCUGCGCAUGCCGAGAUACGGCAACUGCAUCCCCAAUGGAACAUGACCAUGUUCGCUGCAUCUAUUGCCAUCUCCUUCCUGGGGGCUUUUACGUCUACUCAGCUCAUGUGCCAUGCAAGGAUGUCGCUUCAUUUCUCUAGUGUGUUAAUAUGGUCUUUGUUCGGAAGCAUGAUCUUUGGCUUUUGCAGUAUUUGGAGUCUUCACGAGGUCGCCAUGUUGGCAUGCGAAUUCGAUCUCCGCAUCGGCGUCAAUGCGCCACUCACUAUCUUAAGCUCGUUCCUCGCAGUCUUUUUUACCUUCGUGGCACUGGCAACGGAUCUAUUAUGGGGCAGAUAUAGCGAUCCAAAGCAAGGACGGCGUAGGAAAUCUCGCUGGAUUUCUUCCGGGCGAAGAUCACACAGUUCUUCCCACCAUCCCAAACCAGACCCCCAGGGCUCUUCUGCGCCUCUCCUGACAAUUCAUGAGGCCGACAAUGACGAGGGUCAAGAUUCAGACGAGCCAAUGGACCCAUUUGACCCGCCGUCUCCAUUCUUUGCGAACACCACGGAAGAGCUAGCAGCGUACAACCACAAUUCGACAUAUCGAUCGCCGAGUAUUUCAUCCGAGGAAAGCAGAGCCUUGAACAGGCUGGUGUCGGCGAGGAGCCAAGAUGAAGAGUCGGGCCCCAACAGUGUCGGCAAUGGUAUCAUCAACGGCGCACCGUCGCCCAGUGAUGGUAUCACAAGCGACUACUUCGGCUUUGGGGUCACUUCAACCUAUGCAAGCUCAGGCUCCAUGGGCAUAAGCAACACCAUAGGCAUGAUCUACCGCAAGAGCACGGUCCCCGCAAAGAACGCAUUUCUCACUACAGCCGAUAUGCUCUACACCGGAAGCACUCGCCGAAAUUUUGGGAAAGGCUUUCUUUGGUCGCUCGCGAUUACCUCGAUGCACUAUGUAGGGAUAUUCGCUCUCCAUGUGCCAUCUGGCUACUUCAGAUUCAAUCCCUGGCUGGUCUUUCUAUCUGCGUUGAUCAGCUGGACUGUUUGUACUGUGGGUUGUAUAUUGAUGGAAAAGAUGGAGACAUAUCUUCCGCAGCAGAUUCUUUUCUCCGUCAUAGCUUCGGUUGGAGUUGCAGCAAUGCACACUACCGGGAUGUUUGCGACAACUUUCUACUCUUCCUCACCUCCAUCGGAUGUCCGAGGCUAUCCUCCCGCACUCGCCAAUGCUGUUGUAGGUAUUGCAUUCAUUACGUGCAUUGCCGCCAACGUACUGUUAGCUCACUCUGCUACCGUUUCGCGGAACAAACUUGCCGAGAUCGUUUCAACACGUAAGGAGCUUUGGAAGACAAUCGCGCUCAAAGAGACCGCCGAAGCUGCCUCUCGUGCUAGGAGCGAUUUCAUUGCUUCUGCAUCGCAUGAGAUUCGAACGCCCCUCCAUCAUUUACAAGGCUACAGUGAUCUCCUAGCACAGACCGAGCUAACCGAAGAGGGGCGGUCCCUUUUGACAUCAAUUCAGCGCGCCACUAAAACUCUUUCCUUAAUAACCAACAACGUUCUCGAUUGGUCGAAAUUCGAGCGUGAUAGCGAGAGCUCCUAUCGGCCUACAGCCCUGGAUAUUCGGGCUGUCUGCGAGUCGGUCAUAGUUCUACUACCUAAUAUUGAUGACGAAGGGCGGGUUCAGCUUUUCGUUAUCGUUGCUCCGGAUGUUCCCAAAACUUUGUUUUUGGAUGAGACAUACAUUCAUCGUAUCCUGAUGAAUCUGUUGUCGAACGCAUUGAAAUUCACGAGAUCCGGCUACGUUCUUUUAUCCAUCGAGAUACUUAACGACAACCUCAUUGUCAAAGUCAAAGAUACUGGCUGUGGUCUUGAUCCAACCUUCAUUCCGGAUAUGUGGACACCGUUCAAGCAAGGAGAAGUGCGAGGCUCUGCGAGAGGAACUGGGCUCGGACUCAGCAUUAUCAAGCGCCUGCUUGCUCGAAUGAAUGCCUCGAUCGACCUCGACACGAAGUAUAUGCAUUCUGAGGACGUGGGUCCGGAAAACAGCGGCACCACACUCACAGUCACCAUACCGAUGCAAUCAACAAUGACGAGGCCCGCGACUACAGCUGGUGCGGACCGUCCCCGGAUAGCCAUUCUAUCCAAGAACAUGGAUCGCUCUAUGGAAGGCUUGCGCAGCUGUUGGGAGUCGUUCGGAUACGAAGUUGAUCUCGUGCCAAACGUGACGGGGCUGACACAGGGCAAGUGGAAAUACAUUUGGGCAGAGCUUACGUUCCUCAACGAAAACAUUGGGCAAUUCAACACACUUUCGAAGAAGAAGAACUUGUCAGUGCUUGUGCCUUACGAUACACACGACUCGCUAGAAGGACUUCCGGGUAUACUGUCGUUACCGAAUUUUAUCAUGCUUCCCAGGCCGCUCAUCUGGCACACUUUCGAAAGGCGGAUUACGGCUUCGAAGCACAGAAGGCAACCGACUGCCCCAUUGCAGGCCUUGAGGUUCGCCGCUGAGGUUGAAGUCCUGAAUGAAGAGUUGAACGGAGCAUCUAACGGAGCAUUUAACGGAUCAUCUAACAGAACGUCGGACGGGGAUGCCAAGGAGAAACCACAAGAAGAACCUGCGGCAAAGCAUGUGAUUCUCCUCGUGGAGGAUAAUCCGAUCAACCAAAAACUCGCCACAAAGAUGCUAAUAUUGUUGGGCUACCGAGUCAUAGCAGCCAACAACGGGCAAGAAGCUAUCGAGCAGAUCAUCAUGCACGACACUACGGUCGACAUCAUCCUAAUGGACCAAUCCAUGCCUGUGAAAGAUGGCGUCACCGCGACGCGGGAGAUACGCGCACUGGAAGCAGCAGGCACACUCUCUCGACGACGACCAAUCAUUGCGGUGACUGCGGUGGUGAAUUCGGAAGCGCAGGGGGCGUUUCGAAAGGCGGGCGCAGACGAUUUUUUGGCGAAACCGCUGUCGUUGAAUGUGCUUAAGGACACUUUGGUGUGGUAUUUGCCGCAUGGUUAAGAGGAGGAAUGCGUGUGUUACUAGCUUGUUGCGAAGAGAGAGUUCCAGCUUCCAGGGGUAAGAAGAAGUCGUGGAAUUCAGUCUAUGAUGUACUGCUCGAAUAUUAAGUCACAAAUAUUAGGCUGAUGCGAUCUAGAAAUAGGGCUUAGACAUCGAUUUCUCUACGAAAAAUUUCUCUUUAGACGUUGUCGAACGACAGCUCCUACGCUAUGGUACCUUCAACUCUCGACUGGUAGCCGCCGUGGCAUUAUGGGGAUCCGGUGCACUGGCGUACAAAAGGCGUUGGUUGGGGAAAUCAGAGAAAUAAUUUUGGCAGAUUUGAUACCAAGCUUUGCAAGCGGGAAGAGAGGGUGUUUAUAGAUGCCUGACCUUCAGUCACAUACUAAUCUAUCCCUACGCGACGAACCACGAAGUGUAAAUAUUCUCAUGUUACAGUACCAUUAGAUAACUGCCCAAGUUUACAGUGAGAUCAUAUUCAUACCAGCCC